UCGCCGUCGUCUGAGCUCUCUCAGCUCGCCGCCUAACAACGCCCGCCACCUGGCCUUUGGCACACUGCCCAAGAAAACUCUCUCUCUCUCUCUCUCUCUAGCUGCGCAUCCAACAGAAACAGAAGUUGACCAGCGGCGGUAUAGCGGCUCCUCUCCUAUUAUAUAUUGCCCUCCUCUCUUCGCUCCCCAGCUUCUUAAUAAUUUCUCUUGGUAGGAGAGGUAGAAAUCGAUCUUGCUCUGGUGCAGCAGAAGCAACUCGAUCUUGACCUGCAGCUGCAGGUAGCAGCAGGACGAGACUGGUUCUUUAGAGCUGCGGCCAUGGCGAUGAAUUCGCUGAGCAUGGUGGAGGCGAGGCUGCCGCCGGGGUUCAGGUUCCAUCCGCGGGACGACGAGCUCGUGCUGGACUACCUGGCCAAGAAGCUCGGCGGCGGCGGCGACGGGGGCGCGGCGGUGGUGAGCAUCUACGGCUGCCCCACGAUGGUCGACGUCGAUCUGAACAAGUGCGAGCCCUGGGACCUUCCAGAUAUUGCGUGCAUUGGUGGAAAAGAGUGGUAUUUCUAUAGCCUUAGAGAUAGAAAGUAUGCCACCGGCCAGCGAACAAAUAGAGCAACUGAUUCAGGCUACUGGAAGGCUACCGGGAAAGACCGUCCAAUAAGCCGGAAAGGGUUGCUUGUUGGUAUGCGCAAAACCCUUGUGUUUUAUCAAGGUAGAGCCCCAAAGGGAAAGAAGACCGAGUGGGUUAUGCAUGAAUUUCGCAUGGAAGGGCAAGGUGAUCCAAUGAAGUUACCUUUCAAGGAGGACUGGGUCUUGUGUAGGGUUUUCUACAAGAGUAGGGCAACAAUUGCAAAGCCGCCCACAGAGAGUAGCAGCUACAAUAUUGACGCCGCCACAACUUCACUGCCACCCCUCAUUGACAACUACAAUAUUUCCUUUGACCAGCCUGGCUCAGUGCAAAACCUAGAGGGUUAUGAGCAAGUGCCCUGCUUCUCCAAUAACCCCUCUCAUCAGCCAUCGUCAUCGAUGAACGCUCCGCUGUCGUCAUCAGCCAUGGCUGAUCAGGCGGAGCAGCACAUGGCCGGGAAGUCAAUCAAGGAUGUGCUCAUGAGCCAGUUCAGCAGGUUCGAAGGCAACGUAGUGAAGAGGGAGACGCCUCAAAGUAAUUUCUCCCAGGAUGGGUUUGAGUACUUAGCUGAGAGUGGCUUCACGCAGAUGUGGAACUCGUUCAGUUAAUUAUUGGUUUUAUAGGAAGAUUAUUGCGAUGGAGGAUGAUACGGAAUUAAUUCCACGUCCGAAACAAGGAGGAUGAGAAAAGACUAAAGAUUACUUGCUGGAUGGUGUGUGUGACUACUACUGUGUGGUAUUGCAUGUAGCUGUAGUAGAUACGAACAGUAGUACAUAGUAUCAUUUCACAGUACACAGGAGAUAAUCAAAAGAGAUAUAUAUGUGUACGUGCCAUCAAUGAUGUAAAUACAUUAUUUGUGAACUAUGGAGAAAAUAGAAAAAACAGUGCGUGAUGACAGUACUUAAUUA